AGACUGAGAGAGAUGACCACUGCUGUACCUGGGUUCUAAUUCUUGAGAUUUGAGAAGGCUUAAUAGUUGGGAGGUUGUUAGCUUCAUUAAGGACUGGAGUAGCUUCCUUUUCUGGUUUACAGGUUUUCAUUCUAACUCUUGAGAUUAUGAGUGAAUGUUUUGCAUGUAUAUGAAUGUGGUAUUGGUGUUUGGGAUUUUGGUGAUUGAGUAUGAGUUUUUAGUGAUUGAGUUAUAUGAUUGGAGUGAAGAUAUGAUUUGGGUAUAUGUGAUUUGAUUGCUUUAUGCAUAGAGUUGUUUGUUUUUUUAUCAGUAUUUGUAGCUCCUGAUUAGGACUUGAUUUCACAUUCCAUUUGGUUAAUGCAUGCCUGACUUGUUUGAAUGUGUCUGUAAUAUGCAGUGUUUGAUCUUUUUUUUUUCGGCAUGAAACAUUCUGUAAUGUCCUUUUAAUUAUUGAAUCGACUUGGUUCUCAGGAUUUAGUUACAAUGCAACCAGUACUGAUUAUAAAUGACAGGUUGAAGCUGGUGAGUUUAUAGCCUACAAGUUCCUUUAGUAGCUUUUAAUUUGAGAGACUGUAGAGUCUAUGCUGGGAUGAAUACUUUUCGUCAUAUUCACCCGGGUCAGAUCAUAUCGUCCCCAUCCGUUACUACCCACAUUGUCAAUUUCUUUGAUCACCUUCUCCAGCAAUGCACUCUUCCUAGACACUGUAAACAAGUUCACUCCCAAAUUUUGACCAUGGGCACAUGUCAUUCGGCAUUCUUGACUGCCCGGCUCAUUAAUGUUUAUGCACGUCUUGGGCUUGCCAUUGAUGCCCAGAAAGUUUUUGAGACUACCAAGUUUCAAGAUACAUCGAACAUGCUAUUGUGGAAUGCAGUUCUUAGAGCUAAUGUAUCUCAUGGGUUUUAUGAAAAGUCACUCAAACUAUAUGAUAAGAUGCGAAAACUUGGAGUUUGGGCUGAUGGAUUUACUCUUCCCCUGGUUAUUAAAGCCUGUGCAUUUAUGGGUAGGUUUAGGCUAUGCAAGAAUGUGCAUAGUCAUGUUGUACAAAUGGGCUUUCAGAAUCAUCUCCAUGUUGUCAAUGAAUUGAUUGGAAUGUAUGGGAAGCUUGGUAGAAUGGACUGUGCCCACCAACUGUUUGAUCAAAUGAGCGUGAGAAGCUAUGUUUCUUGGAAUACUUUAGUUUCUAGUUAUGCCUCUAACUAUGAUUGUGAUGGUGCGUCUGAGAUUUUUAAUAGGAUGAAGUUAGAUGGGUUGGAGCCAAACCCUGUGACCUGGACAUCAUUAUUGUCAAGCCAUUCUCGUUGUGGUCGCAAUGAGAAGACCAUGGAGUUGUUUGGUAUGAUGAGGGUUAGUGGAAUAGAGACAACUGCUGAAGCAGUUGCUGUGGUGUUAUCUGUAUGUGCUGAUGUAGCUGUGGUUGAUAAGGGUAAGAAACUUCAUGGAUAUGUUGUAAGAGGUGGUUUCGAAGAGUACUUAUUCGUAAAAAAUGCACUAAUAUGCAUGUAUGGAAGAUGUGGAGAUGUAGAAAGUUCAUACAAGUUAUUUUCGGUGAUGGAAAGCAAAAAUCUUGUGACUUGGAAUGCUUUGAUCACUUCAUAUGUUGAAACUGGUUUGUGUGAUGAGGCUUUUUCAAUAUUUUCCGAGCUAGAUGCUCAUCCAGUUAUGACCCCAAAUAUCAUAAGUUGGAGUGCUGUUAUUCAAGGAUUUUCAUCCAAGGGACACGGGGAGAAGUCUCUGAAACUCUUUCGGCAGAUGCAGCAAGCAGGAGUACUGCCCAAUUGUGUCACUAUAUCCAGUACAUUAUCUGUUUGUGCAGAAUUAGCAGCAAUUAAUCUUGGCAGGGAAAUUCAUGGUCAUGUGGUAAGGGCAUUGAUAGAUAGCAACAUUUUGGUUGGAAAUAGUUUGAUUAAUAUGUACACAAAAUGUGGUAAUUUUAUGGAAGGGCAUAGAGUAUUUGAGAAUCUCGACAGUAAGGACUUGAUAUCGUGGAACACAAUGAUUUCCAGCUAUGGGAUGCAUGGACUCGGUGAGAAUGCACUAAGAAUUUUUCAUACGAUGGUCAAAAUGGGAUUCAAACCAAACAACAUAACAUUCAUCGCUGUUCUUUCUGCUUGUAGUCAUGCUGGGCUAGUUACUGAGGGUCGCCACCUUUUUGAUCAAAUGUUGGGAGUUUAUGGUGUUAAACCCCAAAUGGAGCACUAUGCUUGCAUGGUUGACCUUCUUGGCCGUGCUGGGUUAUUGCAAGAAGCAAGCAACAUUGUGAAAAACAUGCCAAUGAAACCUAAUUCUUGUGUCUGGAGCGCUAUUCUCAACUCUUGUAGGACGCACAAAAAUACAGAUAUUGCAGAAGAAACUGUCACCCACAUAUUCAAUACGAACUCGGAAAUGGCUGGGAGCUACAUGUUGAUGUCAAAUAUUUAUGCUGCUAGCGGGAGAUGGGAAGACUCAGCCAAAGUGAGGAUCUCAGCCAAGGCAAAGGGUUUGAAGAAAAUCCGGGGGCAGAGCUGUAUUCAGGUUGAGAAUAAGAUUUUUGUGUUCUCAGCAGGGAAUAUCAUGCAAGCAGGCUUGGAGUCAAUUCAUGAUAUUCUUUAUGACUUGGCACUUCAAAUGGAAUGUGAGGGCUAUGUAUCUGAGAAGGGAGUCAUUCAAGAGAAGAUUGACAAACUGGAUUGAUGGUUGAAUGACUGGGUAGACAUGAUCAAGCCAUCGCUUCAGUUACCCUAGAAGAUUCAAUAUGAUGAAUUGGACUGCGUUGAAUCAGAUUGGAAUGGGACAAAACUAUUGGAACAUGCCUUAUUUUCGAAGAAGGUAAAAUCUUGUUUCUAUGUUUGAACUUAUCUAAGCAGUUUAAUAGUAAUUCUGUAGAUAAGAAGGACUAGGAGUCCCUCAGAUUUUAUUCCAAAAGCAAGAUCAGAAAGAUCAAGAAAAACAAAAACAAAAAGGUGGACGAGGAGUCCACAUAGAUUAAAUGACAGCUACAAGAUAAGCUAUAGUUUCCUACAUAUCUCAGAAACAAAAGUCCAAGGAGACGCUCAAAACCCAACUUCCCAAAGCAAUCCCAUCUCUUCUCGUACCGCUAUAAACAAUCAAGGAUUUGGGUUUCAUUUGGGAGGCAAUGGGCUAUCGGUCAACAGUUUUUCUGUGACAUGAAAUGCUUCAAAUGCUAAUAAAAGUCCAUUGUCAACAAGAGGUUGCAGCAUAGACAAAUCAGUUAUGGCUUCUGACUGUUUUCUUUGGUAUCAUGGUUUAGUUUGACUUACUGUCAUAUGAGGUCAUUAGAUCAUCAGUUUACCUGGGUAAUGAACUUUUUGUCUACCAGUUGUUACUUUCAUGGCUAAUCCCUGUACUUCUGUAGGAUCUUAGGGACUGAAGCAUGCAUGGAAAUGCAUUGAUCUAAAAAAUAUAGGUUCUACCACAAUCUGUAACAAAAUAAUGUCUAGAACAAAUGGUCUUACAAUUGCUUGAGGCGAUGAUGGCCAAAGACUAAUUCUAACCUGCUUUAUAGGGUUUA